CUAGAUGGAAACGGUCACUCCGAGAACUGGAGGGACUCCAGAUGCCACGUCCUUAUACGUCAUUCUCCACCACAGGCACUCUAAGAAGAGAACUCUGUAUCGUCGCAGAAGCAUCGGUCAAGGCAAUAGCAGCCGUAGCCUACAUCAAGGUGACAAGCCACCAAGAACAGACGGAGAUUGGCUUUGUCUUUGGGAAGGCAAAGUUGGCGCCCCAGCCUGAUUGAACUAUUCCAAGACUUGAGCUUUGUGCAGCUGUACUCGCCAUCGAGAUCGCUGAGAUGUUAGUUUCAGAGAUGGACACAGCGUUCGACAACAUCACCUACUACACAGUUAGCAAGGUCGUACUGGAAUACAUCCAGAACCAGUCAAGGAGAUUCUAUGUCUACGUACACAACAGGAUCCAAAGAAUCCAUCAAUCACCUUUUUCCGGCCCGUGGAAGUACGUUCCAACGCACCUCAACCCAGCUGACAUUCAGUCAAGAACUGUGACUUCAGACACACUUAGCAGCACAACUUGGCUCAAAGGGCCAGCCUUUCUUCAUGAUGUAUCUUCACAUUCGCCUGAGCUUCAAGAGGCUUAUGACUUUAUCAACCCUGACGCCAACUCUGAAGUGCGUCUCCAGGUGGUGGCAAGUUUCACUCAUGUUACCAGAGAUGUGAUACAUCCACAACGCUUCAAACGCUUCUCCAAGUUCAGCACUCUCCUCACAGCCAUAGCUCACCUCAUCCACAUGGCUCGUUCUUUCGCCCACUUUACCCAGGAUGAAUGUCAAGGGUGGCAUGUCUGUCGACCUACACAGGAAGAGUUGUUGAGAGCCAAAGUGUGUAUUGUGAAGAGCGUCCAGAACGUGUGCUAUUCAGAGGAACUUAAGUGUAUCAACUCAGGAUCUAACAUUCCACUGAGCGGCAGCCUUUGGAAACCACACCCCAUCAUGGACCAAAAUCAACUUAGAGUAGGAAGUCGAAUUGAGCAGUCGGAUCUAAGCAUGAACAAGGUUCAUCCCAUCGUCAUUCCUGGCCGGCAUCAUCUAGCUACCCUGCUUGUGUCUCACUAUCAAGAAGCAGUGAAACACCAAGGAAGAUAUCUGACCGAAGGUGCCAUUCGAGCGGCAGGAUUCUGGCUGGUGGGAGCUAAACGCUGCAUGAGCAGUUUGCUUCAUAGAUGCAUUACUUGUAGAAGACUGAGGGGAAAAAUGGAACAUCAGCAGAUGGCAACGAAUGGUGCAUGGGAACGAAUAAUUGGCAUUGCCCGCCGUAUUUUGGAUUGCAUGUUGCUUGAGCAGAAAAGGUCUCAUCUUUCACAUGAAGUCCUGACCACCUUCAUGGCCGAAGUAGCCGCAAUCAUGAAUGCUAGACCGCUCAUCCCGGUGUCAUCGGAUCUGGAAUCGCUUCUCAUCCUUACUCCAGCGAUGCUUCUAACCCUCAAAACUGGUUCUGCACCUCCUCCUCCAUCAGGAAGCUUUGAGGAAGCGCAUCUCAUCAGAGAAGAGUGGAAGCGAGUUCAGGGCCUAGCAAACAUGUUUUGGAACAGGUGGAAACAUGAAUACCUCAAAACAUUACAGCUUCGGCACAAGUGGCAAGGAAAGAGGCCGAAUCUACAAGAAGGAGACAUGGUUCUCUUGAAAGACAAUCAAGAUAAGAGAAAUCAAUGGCCUACAGGCAUCAUCACAAAAACCUUUCCAGGAGAAGAUGGAUUGGUUCUGAAAGUUCAAGUGGAAAUUGUCAAGUAUGGAACCAGAAAGACCUUUUCUCAGCCCGUUACAGAAGUGUUUUUGCUUUUUUCUCCAAAGACUGAUUCUGUUAAUUAAUGUGGGCUCUUUAAAGACCCCAAGCGGGGAGUGUCAUGCCACUUGAGAAAAAAAGUAUUUUUAUUUUGUCUCAGCAGUACAGCGCAAUCUGUUUAUUUCUGUAACUAUAGUAGCGUAAUACCGGCGCACGCCUCGAAUCAGGAAGUAGAUCGCCGUGCAGUAGUCAGUUGCAGCAGUGUGCGAGAUCGCUUUUUCCUCUUCUCUUUUGCUAAAGCAACGUCUGUGAGUAUUUCUUAUCAUGUAAUAUUAGGAUAGUGCGUAUUUUCAUCUUUUGUAAGAUUAUUGAGACGGCUAAGUUAGCUUUAUGUUUAUUACUGCUGAUUGUUUACUAGCUCGAUCGCGUUUAUCAUAUAGAUCACCGCUGUGUAGAUAAUCUCUGCUGUUUUUUCUGUCACUUUGUAUUUGGAUUCAAUAUUAAUAUAUAUCUCAUUUGUAUUGCAUUACAGUUUCACAAUAUUCCCAGUAAACUUUAUGGCAAUGAAUCAUCUGUGUCCUGGAGUUUCUUGGGAGUGUUUAAGUUGAAUGGAGCAUAGUCCAUUUCGUUUCAAAAGCAAAGCUUUUCAUUUCAAAUGCUAAGCUUUCAGUUGUAAAAGCAAAACUUUCAGUUUCAAAAGUAAAACUUUCGUUACAAUACAUUUUAAAUCACAAAUUAAUUAAU